AUGUCUUUCACUACCCAAACCGACGCCACGAUAAGUCCGCGGUGUCCGAGAGGAGACGCCGCUUCAAGUUUUGAAUGCCUUCAAAAUUUACUUGACGACGUGCCAAGAGCAGCAGCUAGUAUUAACCAGGUCGAUCUCGCAGCAGUCGCCCGGCGCCUGCAGUACACAAAUGCUAACGCUAACGCCAGAAGCGUCGGUAACCGCUCCCGCGCCUCCUGCAACAAGCACCGUUUUACCGGCCUCGAGUGCACCAUAGCCAGUCCCAACAUUAGCACCGAGAAGAGGAAGGCCAUCGGCAACGAAACUACAAAUACUAUGAGAAAAUUGGCCCUAGGGCUAGAACUAUGGUCAAUGAUAUGGCUCAGGUUACUGGUGCCAAGAGGAUAUCGAUUUGGUCUUGCUUUUGCUUCCUCGUGGGACCUGGGUGUGUAA